UAUACUAUGGUCAAAGUGGUUGAAGAUCCCGUGCUUUUGGUGGUACACAGAAGUAAUGAGGAUGGGAGGAAAGCUGCUGCUUUGAAAGAGAAUGGGCUAGAGGAAUUGGGGUACCUUCACCAAACUGGGAGGGGGCUUAAAAUUGGUUAUUUCUUUCUGAGCAGGUGCUGGUAUGUAAGAGGCUUGAAAUUGGCAUGGUAAAUCUAAAACAAGUCUCAGCAGUGGUUAGCUGACCUCACCCAGGUUCCGAGCCCUACUCUGCCUGAUAACUUUUUUCUUAAGCCUCAGAGCUGAAAUGUUCCUGAGUUCUUUCCUAUUGGCUGGGAAGACCAAUUGAAGUUCCCUUGCCCAUGUUAGGAGGUGUACGCCUCCUGAACUAAAGAUAGAAACAGCUGGCCCUUCCAGGCAGCUAAAAGCCUCCAGACUAAGAGGUGUUCCCCACUCGGCAGCCAGACUCCUUGAAAUACCCUUUCAGUAAUUUUACCAACGCCUCCAUGUCUCUACUCUGCCAUAACAAAGGCUGUGGGCAGCAUUUUGACCCCCAAACCAACCUUCCUGAUUCCUGUUGCCAUCACCCUGGGGUCCCAAUCUUCCAUGACGCACUUAAGGGUUGGUCCUGCUGCCGGAAGCGAACUGUAGAUUUCUCUGAGUUCCUAAACAUCAAGGGCUGUACUGUGGGACCACACUGUGCUGAGAAGCUCCCUGAGGUCCCUCAACCUGAGGGCCCUGGUACAAGCAGUUCACUUCAGGAGCAAAGACCUCCGAAUGUGAUUCCAAAGUCAGCAGAGACUUUGCGUCGGGAGAGGCCCAAGUCAGAGUUGCCUCCAAAGUUGCUUCCACUAAAUAUAUCCCAAGCCCUGGAAAUGGCACUGGAACAGAAGGAAUUAGACCAAGAACCUGGAGCAGGAGUUGACAGUAGCCUGAUCCGGAUUGGGGCCAGCUGCCAGAACCCAGGAUGUGAUGCUGUAUACCAAGGCCUAGAGAGUGAUGCUACUCCAUGUACCUACCACCCUGGAGCACCUCAAUUCCAUGAGGGGGUGAAAUCUUGGAGCUGUUGUGGCAUCCAGACCCUGGAUUUUGGGGCAUUCCUGGCACAGCCAGGAUGCAGAGUUGGUAGACAUGAUUGGGGGAAGCAGCUGCCAGCAUCUUGCCGUCAUGAUUGGCAUCAGACAGAUUCCUUAGUAGUGGUGACUGUAUAUGGCCAGAUUCCACUUCCUGCAUUCAACUGGGUGAAGGCCAGUCAAACUGAGCUUCAUGUCCACAUUGUCUUUGAUGGUAACCGUGUGUUCCAAGCACAGAUGAAGCUCUGGGGGGGGACCAGCAACUACUCAGAAUUCCUGGAGAGGAUGGAGUGUGGUGUAGCUGAUGUGAAGAGUUGAAGUGCUGCAGCCCUUUUGCUACCAAGAACAGAGUCAAAUUUACAAUGGAGCUCACACUUGGGACGACUGAACUGACAGAUGGUAGGAAAUUAGGCCCUUGGUGAUAUUGUUGAUCCACAGAAGCAAACCAAUUUCCAAGCCCACUCAUCCCCUGGAAUUUGGAACCAAUAGAUCCUCUUUAUUGUUUAAGACUACUGGAGUUGAGUUUUCUGUUACUUACAAAUAAAAAAGCAUAUAAACUUUAUUUUUUUCCUUUUUUAAAAAGGUUUUUAUUGGAGUAUAGUUGAUUUACAAUGCUGUGUUAGUUUCAGGUGUACAGCAAGAUGAUUCAGUUAUACAUAUACAUGUAUUUAAAAAUGUGGAACACUUCAUGAAUUUGUGUAUCAUCCUUGUGCAGGGGCUGUGCUAACCUCUAUAUUGCUCCAAUUGUAGUAAUGUGCUGUAGUAAUGUAGUAAAGUGUGCCAAAGUGAGCACACUUUAAAUUUUUUGAUAAGUUGCCUUACAAAAGAUAUACCAGAAAAAAAAAACAGAAGAAAAAAAAAAAGAUAUACCAAUUUACAAUCCAGCAACAAAAUAUGAGUGUUUCUCUACAGCCUUGCCAAAAUAAUAUAUUAUCAAACUAUCUGAUACUGCCAUUUUUAUAGGAAAAGAGUGGUAUCUUAACAGUCUUUUUAUCAUGAGUAAGGUUAAACUUUUGUUAGUUUGUUUAUGUUUUGGCCACUCUGCUCAGCAUGUGGGAUCUUAGUUCCCUGACCAGGGAUUGAACCUGUGUCCCCUGCAUGGAAGCAUGGACUCCUAACCACUGGGCCACCAGAAUUCCCUAAGCUUUCUAAUAUACUUAAAAUUCACAUAUAUUUCCUUUUUGUCUGCAUGUGUGUGUAUACUACUCAUGUCCUUUGCCUAGUUUUCUAUUUCUCUUUUCUUAUUGCUUUGUAAAAGCUUUUUGUAUCUGAAGUAAAUCAGGUUCUUGUUAUGUGGGUUGAAAUGUACUUUCUGAAUCUCUUCUUUGGCUUUUGAUUUUCCUUUUCCAUUAAAACUUUUUUUUGGCUGCACUGGGCCUUCAUUGUUGCUUGUGGGCUCUUUCUGUUGCAACGCACAGGCUUCUCAUUGCAGUGGCUUCUUUUGUUAUGAAGCGCAGGCUCUAGGGCACUCAGACAUUAAUAGUUGCAGCUCAUGGGCUCUAGAGUGAGGGCUCAGUAGUUGUGACACAUGGGCUUAGUUGCCAUACAGCAUGUGGAAUUCUCCUGGACCAGGGAUUGAACCCGAUCCCCUGCAUUGACAGGCAGAUUUCCAACCACUGGACCACCAAGGAUCUUUUUGCAUUUUUUAAAAAUUUUAUUUAUUUAUUUUUGACUGUGUUGGGUCUUCCUUGCUGUGCAGGCCUUUCUCUAGUUUGUGAGCAGUGGCUACUCUCUAGUUAUGGAAUUCUCUUGUUGUGGAUCUGGUGUAUGCAGACUUCAGUAGCUGUGGCUCCUGGACUUGAGAACACAGGCUCAGUAGUUGUGGUGUAUGAACUCAGUUGUUUGCUCCAUGGCAUGUGGGAUCUUCCUGGACCAGGGAUCGACCCCAUGUCUCCUGCGUUGACAGGUGGAUUCUUUACCAUUCAGCCACCAGGGAAGCCCUUCUUUUUGCUUUUUUAUGGCAAAUAUAUAUAACAAAAUUUAGCAUUUUAAGCACACAAUUCAUUGACAUUAAGUAUAUUCACAAUAUUGUAUAACCUUUACCACUAUUUAUUUCCAGAACUUUCUCAUCCUAAAGAGAAACUCUGUUCCUAUUAAAUGAUAAUUCUCCAUUGUCCCUUCCAACAGACCUGGUAAACUGUUCUAAUUUCUGUCUGUAUGAAUUUGCCUAUUGUAGGUAACUUAUAUGAGUGUAAUUGUACAAUAUUUGAAUUUUUCUCUUAUUUCAUUUAGCAUGUUUUCAAGAUUCAUAUUUAUUGUAACAUAUAUCAGAAUGUUAUUCCUUUUUAUGGCUGAAUAAUAUUCCAUUCUAUGUAUAUACCAAAUUUUAUUUAUUCAUUCAUCUGUUGAUGGACACUUGAGUCAUUUCUCAGUUCAUUUCAGUGGCUCAGUCAUAUCCGACGCUUUGCGACCCCAUAGACUGCAGCAUGCCAAGCUUCCCUGUGAUCACCAACUCCUAGAGCUUACUCAAACUCAUGUCCAUUGAGUCAGUGAUGCCGUUGAAAGGCUGUUGCUGAACAAUAAGAUGCCAGGAUUCUUGGCCUCCGGAGGAGACGAAUUCGAUCCAGGGCCAGAGACAAGGCUGGAUCGCUCAGAGCUUUUGUGUAAUAAAGUUUUAUUAAAGUAUAAAGGAGAUAGAGAAAGCUUCUGACAUAGUCAUCAGAAGGGGGCAGAAAGAGUACCCCCUGCUAGUCUUCAGCUGUAUGUUAUAUAGUCACUUGCAGUCUGUUAAUGAAAAGAAAGGAAUGUCUUAAAAUUUAGAAUGGCACCAGAUAAUUCAUCCCAGGCCAUAAAACAAUUGACUUGAAUCUUGUAGAAGGGCAGAUUACCACGCAAAUAGUUUCAUUUACAUAGAUUAGGGGAACAAUAUCUGAGUAUAACAUACUGGUUUGUCGGGACUCCCCUGGUGGUCCGGUGGUUAAGACUUUGCCUUCCAAUGCAGGGAGUGUCUGGUUCGAUCCCUGGUCAGGGAGCUAAGACCCCACAUGGCUUGCAGCCAAAAAACCAAAACAUAAAACAGAAACAUAUCGUAACAAAUUCAAUAAGGAUUAAAAAAAAAAAAACAUACUGGUUUGUCAAGUAGGUUGAGCCAUUUGGUGGAACCAACUUGAAGACAGAGUCUGGGGUACAUUAACAUAGCUUAAGACAAACAUUUCCAUAAGAAAAAAUGUAUUGGUUAACUCAAGGUUUUGAGAAUAGUUAGCUUCAGGUGAAACCAGGUGUCAUGGCAACACAGCAUUUUAAGUGAAACCUCCUUUUAAAUUUGUAUAGAGAAGGAAAAAAUAUAUCUCUAGUUUGUUUCUUCCUGCCGCUUAAGAGAGAUAAAAAUG